AUGGAUCACUCCAGUAAACUGACCGAGCUGGAUCCCAUGCCCAUCUGGACUCCAGCGCCGUCCGAUCACGGCGCCCAACGUUCACGGUCGCCAGUCCCGUACACUGGCGGCUUUGAUGGUAACCCGACAGAGGGCAUGGCCUUGCACCUGGGGCCCGAGGGACACAUCCCGGACCAUCCUGGCAGCGUCGCUGACUUUGCCCGUCCAGCAUCACAGCCAAUGCCGGCCCAACAGACGUUUGCGCCGCCACCGACAGGCCCGGCGGGGACGACCCCGGCGCCGCAUAUGCAGGAGCACGAGGCGCUGGAUAUUCGCACGUUGCGCCAGAGCUGUCAGUAUAAUCUGCGUGAAUAUCUGGCUGUGCAGCAGGAGUACAUGCGGUAUGGCGGAAACGUAGCGAAUUCCCGCCUGCGGCAUCAGACAGGCAUGGUGCUGGGUGACCUGAUGACCCUCCAGAUGGAGGUGCGCGAACUGGCGCGGACGGCACAAAACCAUCGCUGGCGGAAAUGGCUCAUGGGAGGUAUCUUCGCAUCCUUCAUACCGUUGGUGAGACGCAUCUUUCGGCGCGAUGACGACGAUGAUGCCAAGGUAGCCUCUAACGACACCGAGUACGCAUUUCAAAGAUCCAAAAGUAUUCUAUCUCGGAUCAAAAACAGCGUCUUUGGGGUUGGUAAGCUUGCAUCGAUUGGAUUCUUUGUCUUUGCUGUGCUGUAUAUUUUCCAGAAUGAGGUAUCGCUGCGCGUGGCAAGGACUACUCAGAAGCGCCUCAAGCAGCUGUCGGAUCGAAUUCGAGAGGGUGACUCUACGCUCGAGGAGCGAGACAUGCGAGUUCUCGAAGGCUGGAGGUGGCGAGUUCUUCUCUGGUAA